CCAGAAACGCCUGGGAUGCAGCUGGAGGAGCCGGAGCAGAGUCCUGAAGGGCACCGGGAAGGACUGGGCCACCCGGGCUCUGGAGCAGUGAGGGGUCUAGGGGAAAACACACUCCCUGCUUAAUCAGUGCUGGGCGGGGCUCCUGCAGCAUGGGCUCCAUGCCAGCCACAACUUACCAGCACCAAGGGGAACUGGGGCAGAGGGAAGGUGCCACGCAGGACCAGGCGAGAGAUACCGUAAGAGAUGGACAGUGGGUCGAAUGCACUGUUAGCUUUCUUGACAGGCUGUUGCCCAGGGCUGUGAAUGUGCAGCCUCUCCCAAAGGAGAUGGGUAGGAAUCCCCAAGGAGGCACCGCUGAGCCCUACUAAAUGUGUGCUGGGGGCCAGCUAGACUCACUGGCCCAGAGACCCAACUGAUGGUUGUGGGCUAACGAGAUCCAUCAGUGACAUCCCAGCGGGUGAGAAGAGGAAUUGCCCAUCCCCACAUCCAAGAAACGGGGAGAUGGGAGCACUGCAGUUGGCUGGAUCACUCGGGAUCAGCCUCAACUAGGAAAGAUGGACCUACUGGGACAUAUCAAGCAUGAUGCCCUGCACCAGGAGGAGCUCAGAACACAGAUAAUACUGAGCCUGAGUUAACCAAGGGCAAGCCCUGUGAGAACAAGCUGAACAUGAAUGAAAACAUUCUCUGUCCAUUAUCUUCUGCGGAGUAUAAUGAGCCACAUACCUCGGGCUUGCAGCUAGCCAUGUUAGCCUGUAAUAAUGGGAGUGAACAGCCAGCAGAGCCCACAAAUCCCUCCAAUGAAAAACCCAGCCGCCUCCUGAAUAGCGCUGAGCCACCCAGAGCAAAGGAACGCAGAAGCCCAGCCAAUGACAGCACCGGCCAUGGGGCCGAACAUCUGGAAACGGCACCAGACCUAUGGAAGCAGAGUGAAAUGCAGAGAAACAGGCUACAGCAAGUGCAAUCAGAGAGUGACAGCAGCAGUGCCAACGGUUUGGUGCUGACGAAUGGCUUGCAUACAGAGUUUGAGCUGAGGAAGGAGAGGGACUUUGAUGGCAAGGAGGUAACGGAGAAGCAGGGUAGCGCGGCAUCAAGGAGAAGUGAUGCUGACUUGGAGAAGAGGGACUUGCCAAGCAAGGAACUGUAUAGCGAGCUGCUCAGUGGUGUGCAUUUGGAGACCUUCCUGGACUCUCCAGAGGUGCUAAGUGCAGAGGAUGCAGAGGAACAGCUAAGGUUUGCAGCUGGAGAAGCCAAGCAGAGUUGCACAGAGGAUGACAAGGAACAGUUGCAAUUGAAAGACAUCAGAGAUGGAUUCAGCUCUACCUUUGAAAAAAUUGUGGAGUCCGACCUUAUGAAGGGCACGUACUACAGCAGCUUGGACUCCCUGGAUGUGCUCUCCCUCACAGAUGAGACAGACAGCUGUGUCAGUUUCGAGGCUCCGCUCACACCGCUGAUUCAGCAACGGGUCAAGGAAAGCCCAGAACUUUUAGAACAGAAACUGGUUGCCCAGCAGAAAGGAGCCCUGCAACACAUGGCAGCAGAUAAGCAAGAGCAGGCAGCUGCAAAGCCAGCGGAGGAGGAUUUGGGGAGCCCUCUGAGGCACUCGAUUACCAGCAGCAGGUCAGAGAAUGUGCUCAGCCGGUUAUCCAUGAAAAAUAUCCCUAAUGGAUUCCACGUCGAUGGAGCUGAGGAAGACGCCUUGAAGCUUAUUAACUCCAUCAGCGAUGCCAGCUUAAAAGACGCUCUUUCUGACUCGGACUCUGAAAUGGGCAGCACCGAACAGCUUGACCAUGGCAGCACAGACACGUUAGCAAAUGGCUGCAAGGCAGACAGUGACGCUGCCAAGAGACUGGCCAAGCGCCUCUAUCACCUUGAAGGAUUCAAGCGCUGUGAUGUGGCACGCCAGCUUGGGAAAAACAAUGAAUUUAGCAAGUUGGUAGCAGAAGAAUAUCUCAGUUUCUUUGACUUCACUGGGCUCACCCUGGACAAAGCACUCAGAACGUUCUUGAAAGCGUUCCCUCUGAUGGGAGAGACUCAGGAACGGGAGCGCGUGCUUAUCCACUUCUCCCGGAGAUACUGCCAGUGCAACCCAGAAGAGAGCACGUCGGAAGAUGGGAUUCAUACACUGACCUGUGCCCUGAUGCUGCUAAACACAGAUCUUCAUGGCCAUGUGAAUAUUGGAAAGAAGAUGUCAUGCCAACAAUUUAUAGCAAACCUGGAUGGCUUAAAUGAUGGGAAGGACUUUGCAAAGGAUCUGCUGAAGACGCUGUAUAACUCCAUCAAAAAUGAGAAGCUGGAGUGGGCCAUUGACGAGGAUGAGCUGAGAAAAUCACUGUCGGAACUCGUGGACGACAAACUAGGAGCCAGUGCAAAGAAAGUGACGCGGAUCGUAGACGGCAGCAAUCCUUUCCUGGACAUUCCCCAGGCGCUGAAUGCAAUUACCUAUAAGCACGGCGUCCUCACCCGGAAAACCCAUGCUGAUACAGAUGGGAAGAGAACCCCAAGAGGAAGAAGAGGAUGGAAGAAGUUUUAUGCUGUGCUUAAAGGGACCAUUCUUUAUUUGCAGAAGGAUGAAUAUAAACCUGACAAAGAUCUCUCUGAAGUGGAUCUGAAAAACGCCAUCCGAGUUCACCAUGCCUUAGCCACCAAAGCCUCUGACUACAGCAAAAAAUCCAACGUGCUCAAGCUGAAGACAGCCGACUGGAGAGUUUUUCUCUUCCAAGCUCCAAGCAAAGAAGAAAUGCUCUCCUGGAUACUGAGAAUAAACCUAGUGGCUGCCAUUUUCUCUGCCCCCGCCUUCCCAGCUGCCAUAUGUUCCAUGAAGAAAUUCUGCCGUCCCCUCUUGCCAUCUUCAAUGACUAAGCUGUGCCAGGAGGAACAGCUGAGGUCCCAUGAAAAUAAGAUGAAGCAGAUUGCAGAUGAACUAACAGAGCAUAAAUUACAUCCUGUAGAGAAAAGCCUCAAGUCAAAAGAGGCUGAAGAAUAUAGGCUGAAAGAGCAUUACCUAAUAUUCGAGAAGAGCCGCUACGAGACGUACAUUAACUUGCUGUGCGUGAAGAUAAAAGUUGGAACAGAUGAUCUGGAGAAAAUCGAAGCCAGCCUUUUCAUGGUGGAGGCUGAUGACAUCUCCUUGCGGAAGACACAUUCAAGCCCUUCCCUGAGCCAGGGACACUUGUCUGUACACAGCAAGGUGGAAAAGGACGUUAUAGAGCAGAACACUUAACAGGUAACGCUAGUGCGGGCGAAACCAAUCAGUGAGGCUUAGUACUCCUUGACUAGAUCGAUGAGCACAAUUAUACCUAGGAAAUCAUAUGAACAAAACCGGUAGACAUACAAGACGUGGUUUCUGAUCCAGCGGAAGAAAUCAAAGAAGCUUUAGUUUACACUUUGCUAAUUUUUUUCCAGUGCCCUGACAUUUCAGUGUCAUUGACUCUCUACUUUCUCUUCACAUCUGUUACCCCCUUCAGUGUUUCUUUUACUCCUGCUCCCUGUGUGCAUGCAAUAAAGGGACACAUUCUUUGUACAAGGGCUGGGAUGCUCAUUCUCAAGCAGCUCUCCCCUACGUCACUGGAGUUCCCAGACUCCUGCAGUUUCUGGCAACAUGGAGACACAACCAGUUCUUGGAGUCUAGAAUCUGUUCCUUUUUAACAACCAGCAGCAGGUCUGCAGCACCAGCAGCACUUACAAUGAAACAGCAGGAAGAAACACAACAUCAAGGAGCAAAAUUCUCCAUAUUGCAAUAAUACAGGUUCGGCGGGAUAUUUACUGAGAAUCAAAAAGUGUUAUUACCAUGGAUGUGCAAAAAGUGAUCUGUGCAUGGCAAUAGUGAUAUCCCGGGCACUAUUGCUUGGUUUUUAUACAUAUAAAUAUAUAUAAAUAAAUAUAUAUAAGUAAUCUUUAAAAGGGUUUUGAAACUGGAUGUCUAAGUCCAACACUGCGAAGGCAAGAUGGCUGGGAAGCAUCGUCAGGAAGGCAAUUCGAGAAUACAGGGGGCUUCAUAACAUAGCAGAAUGUUUUUAAAAAUGCAGUCGCCUCUGUUUCUUUUUCGUUUUGCAAUGAAGUUCCAUAUGGCUUUGCUGUGCCACACUGCGCUACUGUUGACGCUUAUUAAACUUAAAUAGCUGACCCACUGCUUCUUUUGUGUCCAUAACUUCAGCAGCUUUGGAUGGAGGCCCCAUCUGAGCAGCAGUCCUGCAGAUACAAGCUUCGCUACGUGACUGGGGCAGGUGGGAAACCUAUCUCCUGUCCACUUGUAUUGUACUGAACUCCAUUUUGCUGAGCAUACUGUACUCUUUCAACGGGAUAUUGUGUUUCUGUUUCAUUCUGUUGUCUGUGGUCCAAUUAUUUGCUGUUGUAAUAGAGAUGAUUCCACUGCAUUUCAAAGGCCAUGGCACUUUAUUUAUUUAUUUUCAUUUCGUUUUCCAGGCAUGUUCACAGGAACCAAGUUCCGGUUUUAAAGGAUCUUGUAGCUGCUAAUUACAGUAAUUUACAGUUUCUAUUUUUGCAGCUUUUUUUUAAGGAAAAAAAAGAGAUUUGUUUGGACUCUUGUCAACUUUUGAGAGUUUAUAGACUAUUGAGUUUCCAUAAUGUUUCUUACCACUUAAAAAGCCCCCACCCAAUUUUACCUCUUCUUUUACCUCACCUCUUCUUUUGGUCUCUUUGUUUCUUUGUACAGUUUGAUAGUUUCUUUGAAAGGAUGCACUAAGAAUCAUGUCAAACAAAGAAAUAAUAAUAAAGCUGAAUCUGUUGAGAAAGAGAA